GGACACCAAAGCGUGGAUAGUAGAGUUAUAUACUAGUUGUGGACAUGGACAUCUUAAUACGAAAGUCGUUGUCUGAUACCUUUAAGAGCUUAUUCUUCGCCAUAGUCUUUGGCAAGGAAAAACCCACAUAACCACGUUUCCACCGUUACUCCCACCGUCACCGGCACCGCCGAGGCCACCACCACGAUCAAGCUGUUCCAAGUCGCUAAAAAUCUCAUUUUUGGAUGCUGAAGAUUUACCAUGUGACCACAUCCAAUCCAACGCAACUAGCUAGCUCUUGAUCUCUGAUAAGACAACUCUGAUCGAGCUCCAAUGGAUAAGACGUCUCUGAUCGAGCUCCAAUGGAUAAGACAUCUCUGAUCGAGAUGUCUUAUCGAAGAUCGGGAGCUACUGCGUUGUAUUGGAAGUGGUCACGAGGAAGUCUCCAGCAGAUCGAUGUACAUCAUAUCAAAAGAUGAGACCUUUAACGAGUUAGAACCAAAACUCGAUCGUGGUGAUGGUAUCGGAGGUGCCGGUGACGGUGGGAGUAACGGUGGAAACAUGGUUAUCUGGGUUUCUUCUUACCGAAGACUAUAGGGAAGAACAAGCUCUUAAAAGUAUAAGCCAAUGACCUCUGUGUUAAGGUGUCCACGUCCACAACUAGUGUAUGACUCUACUAUCCACGCUUUGGAAUCUACGUCUACAAUUAAUUUUGUUUACAAGUUAACAUACAUAUAUGAAAAUGAAUCUUAAAAGAUAGAGAAUUUUUUAUAUAAUUUGUUAUGAUAAUUAUUUUUAUUUAAUAUAUUUUAAAUUUUAAGAUAAAAGCAAAUGAAAUCAUGAAGUACAAUAAAAAAUAAAAAAAACUAACUUUCUCAUUCCCUUAAGGGUAUAGUUGUCCAAAAAUUGAAUGGACCCCACAAAAAAAUGUGUCACAAGUGGAAAGUGUCUAUUAGUGUAAGAGAAACUCAGAAUGUGUCCUAAAUAGUAAUCAACUUAAGUUUUCAGCCGUAACAUCAAUUUCAUAGUAAUCAGUCAAUAUUCGGUAGCAUGUAAAUGUGAUAAUCGAUCAUUGACUCCGACAAGAAAAAUAAACGAAACAACUCGACUACGUGAAUGUUAGAUGUUGAGAAACGGAUGACAUAACUAAAAGAAACAAGAACAGAUUAUCAUCUAAACGAGUUUCGACGUUCCUCAUACAAGUAUAACAUUCUUUGGCUUAGCUCUUUGUAUGUCAAUUCGUGAUUAUUUAUGUUUCCCAUUUGAAGAUGCAAACUGUAGAAGAACCUUUCUCCAUGAGACCUUGAAGAGGAAACAUCAACAAGAACAAACCCAUCUUCUUGCGAACCUGAGCAAACAUAAACCGGAGGACAUAUCAUAGAAGCACCACGAACUGUCAAGUGAUGCAGACACAAAGUAUUUAUUCGUUGAAUAGACAGUGACAGCUCGCACCUGAGAACACAUCAUUGUUUUUACGUUAUAACAGAACAAAUGCAGUACAACAGGUAAAAUUGUAUGCGACUGUUGCCUAAGUUCUUAAAUUUCAUCCUUACCUUUGCAGAGUGAUCUUUCAAUAUAUGUCCACAUGCAUAGUUCCCAUCCUCAUAAUUCCCCCAGAUACGAACUAUCUGGAGAGUGUCAAAACACAAACAGUGAUUCAUAUGAUCAUGAUCAAAUUUAACAUAGAGAGACCGCGAACCAUCAAUGAUACGAAAAACAAAGUUAUGUAUGAAAUGCAUCAAGCUAGGUAUUAAAUAAAGAUAACAUCAGGAUCACUUUAUAUCAGUUUUCAAAGAUGAUGACUUUACAUGAACUAGAUUUCACAGUAGCUGCGUGAGCAGUAACUAAAAAGAUUCUAGACUUUAUAUAAACAAGUUCAUUAUCUCUAUAGUAGGAAUUAGAAUCUACAAAAUUUCACAAUCAAUAAAACAAUAAUCAAACAAUCUGUCAUAACCAAAAUUAACUACGGAAAAAAAACAGUAUAUUGAUUUCAAAGUGGAAGGAAUGUUAAAAUUGGGAUUUAGGAUUUUCGAAACUAAACACUCAAUCAAACAAUAUAUGUUAGAAAUGUGUAAUAAAAACUUGGAAUUGGAUAGAUUUAGCAGAUACAGUUUCAAUUUCUUUGAUUUAAAAAGGAAGACAAAUCGGACCUAGAGUUGGAUCCUAAAACCCACACUAAGUAUUUGGUAGUGUUUGAAUGUAAAAACUAAGAAAGAAAAAGGAUGUGGACAACCAUAUUCUUAGAACACAACGAUAUAAUCAGAUUCAGAUUGGCGAUAAUGGAUUUUUAUUGAUUAAGAAUAGUUAAAUACAAUAAUAGGAAUGAGAUCGAAAUACAACUGAGAUCGACUACAAAAUAGAACGCUAAGAGCUUUAAGGUCGAGGUCGUUGUGCAUGGUUAAGUAUCUCUAUGGGUUUGGGUUCACUUACGUGUCUACUUUGAUCCUUCCCCCUUUUAUAGUUGUGUCGUCUUCAGAUCUUCUCAACGAUCUCCAAGAUCUUCGGGAUUUCGGCCUCGUCCUGUUUGAACUCGUCUUCAUCUUAGUAUUGGGCCGGAACUCCUGUUUUACAUUUGAGCCUGCUUUUAUAUCGGCCCAGCUGCCCAAAAAUUGUCCCCAGCUUUGUUUCUUUAGUCGGGGAAAGAAACAAAGGUGGUGAAUUCGGUUUCGAUUUCGAUAAGGUUGGAUUAAAUGUAAUCCUUUUAACAUUGCUUCGCGUGCGUUCGACUUCUAAGCCCAACAGUUAUAUAUGUUCCUCGGGGCUAGGGCGAAUCCUAGCUAAUCAUUGUCUUCUUAAAGCCGUUAGGGUUCUUCAUUAAAUAUCCGGGGAGAUUUCCUCUUCUUCUCACUUCAUACCUACUCUCUCCAUCUCUAUCUUUUCGCGAUACUCGAUUCUUUGAUCGACAUAUACAAAUUCUUUUUCAGAUGGCCGGGUCAUUUUCUUUCCCUCUCCGGAUUACUAAGAAUCAUCAUCUCGAGAAUUUGUACAAGAUGCAUGGCAUUGACCGUGCCAUUGAACUUGGUCUUGCUUCCACUUUUGAGACUCCCGAUAAAAGUACUGCAGGCCUUAUCUCUUUCUUUAAAGAUUGUGGCCUUACUUUCCCGAUCCCGGAGCCCGUUCUAAGUCGUCAUCUGGCUUUGGAAUAUGAUGCGACUCCUUCUGCGCGCCCAUCAUCUUCGGGCAGGCUGGAUAGACGGAUGUCGAGGACGUCGUCGUUUCAAAUUUCCCGGUUGACUCAAGGGAGUGGCACUGUGGAGAACUCUCCUUUGGUCCCGAUUCCGGAUUCCGAGGAAAAAGGGAUUUCUGCUGCGAAGAACUCUCAUGUUUCUUUGAGCUCCGGCUCACAGGAUGACUUCGUCGCUCCCAGACGUAAGCGACACCGAUCAACCAAGGCAGUUACAUCGAAGCCAUCUCAGGUCGAGGUCGGGACCCGUGGAUUGAACAGAUGGAAGUUUGCUCAUGAGGGCGAUGGUCCUCUGUCCAUAACCCGAGAUUAUCUUGUUCGCCUUGUUCGUUGCACAAGACCUCAGGGUUUCCGCCCUCUGUCUCUUGCUGUCUCUGAGGAGAAAAAGGUUUAUGCCAAAUUGGCUACCGCGAAUUCUAAGGUCAUGGAGGCUUUGCAACGUAGGUGACGGAAGACCGUGUGCGACUCCUCCAAGAUGAGAAGGAGAUGGGAAGCGAGAGAGCCAAGAUCCAGGAGCUCGCGCGCGGGAGGAAAAUAGGUCGAAGACCGGAGACCUGUGGGGCUUAAAAGAUGAAUGGAAGAGAGCCUGGUUCGAAAAAGGGGUCUUUGAGACUGAAGUUUCUUCUCUAAAGACCAAGGUUGCGGAGCUUGAGGCCCAUCGGGAUCGAGAUAUUCGUCCAGAUUCUCGUAUCGCUCGCCGUGAGGUCGCUGACAGCUAUAGAGAGGAAGGACAGAUGGGUGAACAAGAAGAAGGAAGUUGACGUGGAAAUCCAGCUUCACGAAGUGGUUGCAAACAUCGAUCUGCUGGGUGAGAUUAAAGAUGGAGGAAUGGACGCGGAAGAGGAGCUGUUUCGUUUGAAGGGAAUGGAGAAAUAUUGCAAGGCUGUCGUCGAGUUGGCCGCUGUCCUGGACUGGUCUAUUUCCUACCUCGAUCUCCCUUUUCAGAGGAAUCCGUAGCUGAUGAUCAAGUUGAACCGUUGAUUGCUAGAGAAGAAGCCAGUUCUUGUUAGCCUCUUUUUUUUUUUUUAAAUUGUAUGUGGCUUGUUCUUUUUUUGCGGCUUUGCAGGUUCUCUGGGAUCUUGCUUGUUUGCAUAUCUUCUUUGAAUUUCUUUUAAAUGGAUAAUUGCGGAUUUUUUAAUAUCUUCCUUAGUCUAUAAUAAGUUCGAUUGAAUUUGAGAUCCUAUAUUAUUUUAUUUUAGUGAGUAAAUAUUAAUUUAAAAUUACUUUUACAUAUAAAUGUUAUUUCCUUAAUGUAAAAUAAUAAUUUAGUAUUUUUGUUUUUUUUGUUUUAUAUAAAAAUAAUAACAUGCAAUAUCAUUACUCUACCUAUAUAAUAAAAUUAUAGUUGCGUAGAAAUAAUCAUACGAUUAUUUGAGAAAUGAUUUUUUGCAUUCGAGUUCUCACGUUAAAAGUUAGACUGGUUAAUAUUGUUUAUACCCUUAAUGAAUUAAGUAUAUAAAUUAGUUACAAACAUAAUCAAAUUUAAAUUAUUUUAAUUAGAUAAGUGAAUAGA